UUCCUACCAAAAUCUCAAUAUAUGGGAUGGGACAAUCAGCCAGCAUGGAAGUUGCUCCUGGUGGCUCAACCCCCACAACGAGUACAACCGGAAGUAUCGGACGUAGUUUUGGAAGUCUCGCGAACGAAUUUGAUUUCAUCCACCAUCAAAUACGUCGUCAUUCCCUUACGCUCCGCCAACUAACGAUGCUCACUUAUGACGACCUACAGUCCAAAAUUAAUGAAUUGAACAACCUCUCUAGCAAAUUUGUUGACUGUAACGGAAAACAGCUUACUUUUGAGUUGAAGGACGGUGGGGGUGAAGCUCCGGUAAUGUUAUGGAAAGGUCUAAUUCGUAUCAGGUGCAUGAAAAUCAAUCCAGAAACAAAACACGUGGAGAAAGUCAGAGAUCUAAAUUUGAAGCAGUUUCUCCAAGUGUACAAUACCAUGUCGCAAAUGCAUGGGACGCUGGUCCUGGAUUCAGUUGACAGUGAGGAGGAAGAUGAAGACCACCAACAAUCCAAUGAUAAGAAAGAGGUCUUGGAUGAAGAACAAUGGGAUCAUCUCCACGAGGCAUCUGCUCCCUCAUCGGCGGCCAAUUCUACUAAAAAUACACCAAGAAAACGACCCAUUUUUAACAUGAGCACGUCCCUAAUACUGGACGAACUGCACGGAGGGGCCCUUAAUUCUCCAUCAAGUUUAGAAGAAUGUUGCGUUUGUAUGGAGAACAAGCAUGAGGUCAGUCUCCCCUGCGCCCACAGUUACUGCCUCUCCUGUAUUGAACAGUGGAACGUAGACCAUAAAACAUGUCCAAUCUGCAGAGAAAAAUUGGAAAACACCGAUGAGACUUGGGUGCUAGAAGACAAACCAAACCCCCACGACGUCCAGAUGGAGAUUAAAAAGUCACUGUUUGGAUUGACCAAAUGAUUUAUGGAGACAUUACUGAUGACAAAAAAUAUGAAACUAUGCAAAUGCAACCACCAACUAUUCGAGAUUCUUUCGAGAAGAAAACAAUGCCAUUUCCAGUUUUACUUUUACAAAUUAUUUGUAUUCUGAUUUUAUUUACUAACCAUUAUUUUAAUUAUUACUCCUUGAAAUCUCGCUUUUAUAAUUAAAUUCCACCAAGACAUUCGAUAGUAUAUUAAGAUUUAAUCUAGUCUAAAUAGUCCGAAAUGAGUGAGAAUAUAUAGUGAGAUUGAUCUAUGCAACUAUUUACUUUUGGGAGAAAUAUUUUAACUUUGUUAUGCUUGCUUUCCCUCAUGUUAUAUAUUUUACUUAUGUUUUAAAUCAAUCUUUAUGUGAUGAUGAAAUUUUAACGCUAAAAUAAAUAGAUGAAUGCAAUGA